AUGUCGUCUUCCAAGCUUGAAUGGUUCAUCGCCCAGGGCAGCGAAUUCAACUGGUCGAGCCAGCCAUUCGCUCGCACAACCAAAAGCAUGAUAGACACAGAUUUCCAUGAAUGGGGAUUUGUCAUCUACCGCUGCGCCUAUGGCGACGAUGAGGCAUGGCAACGGUACAUGAAGUAUUUCGAGGAAAAUGUCCUUGACGGUCUAGAGCACCAUGGCGGAGACUGGGUGCUGCCGCAAUACGCCAAAUGGACAGUCAAAGAAGACCGCGAGGCUCUCGACGGCGCGAGCAUCGACGCGGUCCGCAGCAUGUUUGUCCAGUGGCGCGACGAGCACGGCGUGGAACGCAAGCCGCACUGGGCGAGGCGGCUGGUCCCUCCCAUGGCGAGAGAUCCACCCAUGCGUCUGCCGCGUUUCACAUACUGCCUCUACGUCGACCAGAAGUGUCUGAACACCGUCAAUGCCUCCGCCCAGUCAUUUCCGCGGCCAAAUCGCUCCGCGCCAGAACCGCCACCCUUGGUUGCCGCGUUGAUUGACGGUGACUUCGACGAGAGCCAGUAUGUACGCGGUGGGCCUCGCGCUGCCCCGGACGAGCGAGGUCAGUUCCCCGCCGUAGACGGACGGACAUGCGGUUAUGUGGGAUGGGAGUGUGUGGAUACGAAUGGGCUGGGUUGCAAGUAUGAGGCCCUACAUGACCUCCGCUUGGACGAUCCGAUGGAUUACAACCGGCCGCCCAAGAUCUCGCCGCUGGGGUACGAGGCCUUGACAGACAAUGGCGUUCAGAGAGUUUAG